AUGCCAGUUCACAUCAGCUUGCUUGCCGCCGUGGACAUGUUAAAAGCGGCGUGGAUGGAACUCACCGCGGAGUGCAUAGAAAAUUGCUUCCGCAAGGCGGGUUUUAUGGGCACAGGCACCGAGGACGCCAUAGAUCACCCACCGGAAGGCCGGUCGCACGAGGACUUGUGGCAACGCGUCGUUGACACGCAGCUGGCCGCACCUGACGUUGCCUGGGACGAUUUAGUUUCUGCUGAUGACGACGCCGACAUUGCGGAGCCAUGCACUGACGAAGCUAUAGUGCGUGAAGUGCGAGCCCUUCCUGACUGCCCAGAGACCGACGAGGACUAUGACGAGGAUGCUGCUCUACCGCCGGUUGCUGUGAACGCUUCAACCGCGAUCGGUUACAUCGCGUCGCUUAAGGAACUCUUGUGCAGCAGAGGCCUUGGCGAUGAACAUAUUACCGCGCUGGAAAAAUUAGAAACGGCAGUGAUGCGAUCAGCUUUGAAGAAGCAGACAUGCAUCACGGACUUUUUUCAAAAAUAAAGUGAACUUUCGUCUCGC